AUGCCGGGAGGUAUCCACGCUCCGAUUGAGGAGAUAUUGAAAUGGCCUACACCAAACUACGUCAACCCCACUACGAGACCGAACACCAUUCUUUUAAUCACGUGUAUCUGUGGGCCUGUUACUUUCGCUAUGUUGAUGGCACGUCUUUGGGUCAGGUUAUUCCAUCAGCGUAACCCUGGCUGUGACGAUUGGCUGGUGGUAGCUGGCACUAUCCCCACGAUCGCGGCCACGGUGCUCUUUCCGUUGGCAACUCACAGCGGCUUCGAUCGACACAUAUGGGAUGUCAAUCUCUUCAAAGACCCUGAGAAGGUGGUGGUCGCACGGAAAUACGUUCUUGCCAUUCUGUGCAUCUUUUGUACUGCAUCUGGUCUGAUCAAGAUCUCCAUCCUUCUUUUCUAUCGCCGUCUAUCCUCUCGUGUCGUCUCGAACCGCUUUCGAUGGGCAACCUGGCUUACAAUCGGUUUCAUCGCUGCAUCCACUAUCGCUUUCACACUCGCACCCAUCAUUGGGUGUGAUCCGAUCUCCGCGUUCUGGGACCAAGCGAACUACGACAAGUUGAUCAAAGGGUACAAAUAUCGCUGCUUCGACGAAGGAGCAGAUGUCUUCUCUGCAAGCGUCAUCUCUACGGUCCAAGAUCUGAUCACAGCCAUACUACCGACUUUCCUGUACUGGAACCUCCGGAUUCCGGUACGCCAAAAGAUUGCCUUGUUCGGCAUCUUUGCUAUUGGGUACGGUGUGGCUGCUCUUGGUGCUAUGCGUGCCUACUACAGCUGGCAGAUCUACUUUGGGACUUACGACGUCACUUGGGUUACCUGGGAUCUCUUCAUCGUUACCAUGCUAGAGCUGCACGUCGGCUGCUUUUGCGCCAAUGCGCCCACCCUCAAGGUCUUUUUCAAGCACUUCUUCCAUGAGACAAUCACUUCGAGCACCAAGCGGUCAAACACUUCUGGACAGAAAGAUCGGAAGAAUAGUGACCUCUUCGGCACGAAGUCCAGCAAGUCGUUAGCAGGUAUGCUCAAAGAGGUUUCUAGCUUUGACUCGAAGGGCAGCAGCACUCACAGCAGGGACGGCUAUCUGUCUGAGCCUCAUGCAGAGAUCUCAGUCGACGCGUAUGGUAGUGUCCAAGUUCCAAAGGACAUUCAUGUCGCUCGAUCUCCGCCACUCUCCAUCAUUAUCGAGUCUACUCGCCGUGAUCUCCGGGAAUCUGCAGAUACCACAGACAUGAUAUGCGCUCAAUACUAUGAUGACAUUGAGUUGGGUCGCUACACCACAGGGCGAAACUCGCAAGUAUCGAGUCUGCACUCCCAUGGCAUUUUCGACGACGCAGAUAUCGAAGCGCUACCGGACAUGCCACAAACGCCUAGAUCAUCGCGAUCGAUGAGGUCAUUUAUGUCUUUCAAUCGCCAACCUCGGUCAUCACGGUCAUCUACUCAUCCUGAGUGGUCAAGCUGGCCGUUACCUGCCACUAUUGCGGAGGAAAGACAUGAAAGUGGGUCCCGCUCGAACUUGUACCAUCCGCGGAGCACUAGUCAACGGAAGCCACAAUGGCAAACCUGGACCUGA